GGCUGCAGGAAGAUGGCGGCUCGGCCGCGGAGGCACCGUUCCCGCCAUGCGCAGCUGCUGCGGGGUGACUUUUGUGAUGGCGCUACGAAGGCGAUUGACGAACCUUCUUUUACGGCUUCCAUGGAGUGGGACACACAGGUGGUGAAGGGGUCUUCGCCGCUCGGCCCCGCAGGGUUGGGGCCGGAGGAGCUGCCAUCUGGCCCGCGGCUGCCGUCGUGGCUGCAGCCCGAGAGGUGCGCCAUGUUCCAGUGCGCGCAGUGCCACGCCGUGCUCGCUGACACUGUGCACCUCGCCUGGGACCUGUCGCGGUCCCUCGGGGCCGUGGUCUUCUCCAGAGUCACAAAUAACGUAGUUUUGGAAGCUCCCUUCCUAGUUGGCAUUGAAGGUUCUCUCAAAGGCAGCACUUACAACCUUUUAUUCUGUGGUUCGUGUGAGAUUCCCAUUGGUUUCCAUCUGUAUUCUACCCAUACUGCCCUGGCUGCCUUGAGAGGUCACUUCUGCCUUUCCAGUGACAAAAUGGUGUGCUACCUCUUAAAAACAAAAGCCAUAGUAAAUGCAUCUGAGAUGGAUAUUCACAACGUACCUCUACCAGAAAAGGUUGCAGAGCUGAAAGAGAAGAUAAUGUUAAUGCACACUCGCUUAAAUUCACUGAUGGGGAUUCUGAAGGAAGUGACUCCUGACCAGUCCAAGCCAGCAAACUGAUCCAGAGUCAAAGCUUGAAUAUCCAUGUCAGGCCUUAUUGCUGUCUUCAACAACAGGUGCUGCUUGUUCACUUCUCAAGAAAGAUCAACUUAAGGAAUGGAUGGGAAAUAUAUUUUAUUAUGUUCACCUUUAAGCUGGUUUUCCAUGACUUGUGAAGCUAUUUCUAGAGGAUGAGAAACUAAGGAGACUUCUGUCUAGGUUUCAUAGCUAUUUGUCUUAAGAACUUAUUUUAGCUUCUUGUCAGCUUCAUAAUACUUAUUUCUGAAAACAUCUUUGACUACAAAUAUAGUGAUUAAGAGGCAAUGUCCCAUGAAUGCUCUGAUCUAAAGAUGCAUAGUUGGCCUGGAAAUAGAGUUGUAUUUAUGUUGACUACUCUUCCUACACAGAGCAAUUGUUAAAUAAAUACUGAGAAAAUCGUUUUUUUUUCUUAUGUAAAAUACAGGUACAUACAUAUUCUGUUGGUAAUGUUAACUGGAUAAUAUAUACUUAUCUUUCUCUUUUCAGUUAUAAAUUGAGCUUAACAGGGUAAUAAUGAAAGGAAUGAUAAAAACAUCAAACAUUCACUGAAAUGUUUUUUCUCAUAUUUUGCUUUAUAUAGCAUUGUGGCUCAAUAGCUUAUAUUAUUCAUUUAAUAAAUAUUUAUAAAGUAUUAUGCUAACCACUGGGAAUAAAAAAUAGCAAAACCAGCCACUCUCUAUCCUGCAUUUAUAAGCUAGUCAGAGAUGGAUAUUCAGAUAACCACAUGAAGACAUGUAAAAUCACAGCUGUAGGAAGGGCUUUGAAGAAAAGGGACAUACAGAUAAAAACACACAUAGCAGAUAACUGACCUGGUCUGUGGGGUCAGGGAAGGCCUCUCUGAGGAAGUGAUGAUGUUUCAGCAGUGGUCUGAAAGAUGCAUAGGAAUUAACAAGGUAAUGGAGGGACCAGCCUGUACAAAGGCCCUGUGAGGCCCUUACAAGAAGGCCUAUAGAGUUGCAAGUGUCCAGAAACCAGAGGGUACAAGCCUCACUGGCCUCCUGAAGGAUGUUUUUUUUUUAUCCCCCAAAUAAUGGGACGCCCUUAAAGAAUUUUAAAGGCCUUUGUCAGGAUCCGUUUUUUUAGAACCUUAUCACGGUUGUCCUGUGGAGAAUGGGUAGGAGGGCAUGCCAAGCAUACCACUAAGGAGUGGCUGGCACUAGCAUAAUCAUGAGAUGAUAUAGUUAAGGUGGUUCAGAUGUAGCUAAUUUUUUAAAAUAGCAGAUUCUUUCCAUUUUAGACUGCAUAAAGGAUUAUUUUCCUUUAAAAAUAUUUUUAACUGGAGAAAAUUCUGACUUGCUUUAUGCUUGUGAGUUGCAAAACUUGGUUUAAGGGUGAAGCCUCUAGCAACAACCAGUACUAGAAAAGCUCUUGUUUUCUACUCCUAAAGAAUAAAAGCUAAUAAUACUAUAUUGAAUACUACGUUGAAUAUAUUGGGGUUUUUAUUGUGUGUAGGUAUGUCUGCCUCAACAUAUUUCAUUUAUCUAAAUUAAAAAGCUGUUUUCUGUAGCUAUUUUCCUUAACUUCUGGAUUUGCUGUUCUGGUAGACUUUCAAUAGAAAAUUAAAUCCUUGAACUUGGCAUCAAAUUAAGCUGGCUGGUUUAAAUAGAUUUUUCCCCCCAAGUACAUUUUACAUGUUUACUCUAGAAAAAAAUACAGAUAUAGAUGUGUGACAAAAUAACAAGUAAAAGUACACUCCCCCUUACAUUUCUGAGAGGCACAAUAUAGCAUGCUGGGAAGUGAGCAGCCUUUGGGGCCAGAUGAUUUGGAUUCAGAUUGUGACUUAGGUACUUAUUAGUCAUGAACUUGAACAGUUUACUUAAUGUCUACUUGUAAAUAUGGAUUAAAAACCAACUAGGGCUAUAGUGAGGAUUAAAUGAAUUAAUACACCUAAUGCUUAGCACAGAGUAAGUCCUCAAUAAAUGUUGUUAUAACCUUCAUGCAUGUGGACAUACAUAGACAUAAAACAAAGGCAAUUAUGUUUUUCACAUUAUUCUGCAACCUGCUUCUCGCACAAUGUAUGUCACGGACAGCUUUGUAUACCAGGCCACACAAAUUAUUUAACAUCUACGUAUGAGUCAAUCAUGUAUCAGAAUUUAACCAUUCUUGUAUUGGAUCCUUGUACGUAUCUUAACAUAUUUGUCCUGGUAUUUCUAGGGGGGUGAUCCCAAAAGUGGGACACACUCAAAGGGCAUGUACAUUUACUGUUUUGAUAUUAUGCCUUCUGUAAAUGUUAUACUAAUUGA